AUGGGCAACUUUCAAGGCUUUUAUUGCCACGUGCAAGGGAUGAUGAAUUUUCUUGUGGAGUGGCGUGGAGGAGCCGGAGACGCCACCAUUAAGCCUCUCCUUACUUCAUGGAUGCAAACUCGGUACGUUGUGUGGUGGGCUCGUGCCUAUUUCAGCUCGUUGGAUAUACAUCAGCAGUUACCGUCGAUUCCCUUGCCCAUCUCUAUGAAAGAAGUGCCCCUUACACUCCAUGGAAGACGCGUCAAGGUACUAAGUAUCAUGUGUGACUCACAUCGACUGAACGUUAAGGCUGUGCUUCAGCGAUUUAAGAACAUGAGGUCUGAAGAAGAGAUCCCACUUGUAAACAACCAGGGCUACGCUGAAUGCGUUUGUCUCCUGUGCCAAGAGGCUACGAAAUUAGACGAGUGGCUGUUGCAUCUUCCACCAUCCGAGCAGCCAAUUUACGAACUCAAUGACACAAGCAGCACGGCAAUUCAUUUCCAAUCUCACGAUGCGGCUCUGAACUAUGCCUACUAUGUAGUAGCGCGUAUAAUGCAGUGUACGGGUCUUUUGCGAGAACUAUAUAGUCAAACCACUCCAGAUCACGAAGAUGGAUGCUACAAAGCAGAGUUUUGGGUGCAGACAUUGGUACAGAUUGCGCAAGGCGCAGAUAUGCGGACUUCUCUCACCAGAAACAGUUAUACAAUUGGGUUCUCAGGCUUACUACUGGCGGGGAUUCUUCGAUGCCAGAGUCUUUCUGUCGGGUUGGAGAUCCAAAAUUGGUUACAAACGCUGCAGGAUCUGCAGCCAACAGAAGAAGGAGCUUUCCCAGUUUAUCAGACCUUAAGUGUCGUCAAAGUCAUUAAUCAACAGAGAAUGGUCGGCCGAGAUGUGUUUGCUGUUACGCAGCCGGUGGACGAUGGUGGUGGACACCCAAAGGUCACGGCCUACAACAACUUCUAUCCAUGGCUGAUACUCAAUACCACAGCCUCAGGCAAACUUUAA